AUGAGUGAAGCACAUGAUACUGUUUCAAAACAAAUGGAUGUUGAAACUGAUAUAAUAACAUUAACAAGAUUUAUAUUACAAGAACAACAAAAAUUAGCACCAAAUGCUACAGGAGAAUUAUCAUUAUUAUUAAAUUCUUUGCAAUUUGCUUUUAAAUUUAUUGCUCAUAAUAUUAGAAGAGCUGAAUUAGUUAAUCUUAUUGGUGUUUCAGGUACUGCAAAUAGUACUGGUGAUGUUCAAAAAAAAUUAGAUGUUAUUGGUGAUGAAAUUUUUAUUAAUGCAAUGAAAUCUUCAAAUAAUGUUAAAGUAUUAGUUAGUGAAGAACAAGAAGAUUUAAUUAUUUUUGAAGGUGGUGGUAGAUAUGCUGUUUGUACUGAUCCAAUUGAUGGUAGUUCAAAUAUUGAUGCAGGUGUUUCAGUUGGUACUAUAUUUGGUAUUUAUAGAUUAAAAGACGAUUCAAAAGGUUCAAUAAAUGAUGUAUUAAGAAAAGGUACAGAAAUGGUUGCUGCAGGUUAUACAAUGUAUGGUGCAUCAGCUCAUUUAAUGUUAACAACAGGUAAUGGAGUUAAUGGAUUUACAUUAGAUACUCAAUUAGGUGAAUUUAUUUUAACUCAACCAAAUUUAAAAAUUCCAAAACAAAGAGCUAUUUAUUCAGUUAAUGAAGGUAAUUCUUAUUAUUGGCCAGAAUAUGUUAAAAAAUAUGUUGAAGAUUUGAAAAAACCUCAAGAUAAUUUAAAAGGUAAACCAUAUAGUGCAAGAUACAUUGGUUCAAUGGUUGCUGAUAUUCAUAGAACAUUAUUAUAUGGUGGUAUUUUCAGUUAUCCAGCUGAUACAAAAUCAAAAAAUGGUAAAUUAAGAAUUUUAUAUGAAUGUUUCCCAAUGGCAAUGUUAUUGGAACAAGCUGGUGGUAAAGCUAUUAAUGAUAAAGGUGAAAGAAUUUUGGAAAUUUUACCAAAGGGAAUUCAUGAUAAAUCGGGUAUUUGGUUAGGUUCAGAAGGUGAAAUUGAUAGAUUUAUUGAAUAUAUUCCAAAAAAUUAA